AUGGCCCGGCUCCCCGAGGACCACGAGCUGCUCAUCCCCGACGACCUGCUGGGCCUGUACAGCCCCGCCGAGAUGGAGGCCAUGAUGGGGGACCUGCAGAUCAUGCAGGACGACAUCUCCACGCCGCCCGGCACCGGCACGACCAACUCGCAGCAGGCGCGCGGGGCGCACGCGCCCGCCAGCACGUACGACUGCGCGGGCUCCAUCCCCGAGCACGGCUUCCCGCGCAGCACGGACCCGUACACCGCGCCCGCAUGGCAGCCCCAGCACCAGCCCCCGCCCCAGCCGCAGUGGCCCAUGCAACAGCCAGUGCCGCAGCAGGUGCCCGUCGGCGCGCCGGCGCAGUACCAGCCGCCGCCGCAGUACCAGCCCGCGCCGUACAGCGUCGGGCCGGACCCGGACUUCCUCGCGAGCCUGCCCGAGGAGCUCGGCUGCGCGCUGCCCAACCCCGAGCGCGCGGCGCCGCAGCCGCGGCAGGGCACGGGCCUGACCAAGGUGCUCACGCAGGAGGCCGAGCCGAUCGUGUCGCGGCUGCGCACCGUCGGCCUCUCGCGCGCGUCCGUGCAGGACACGCUGCUCUCGGCGCAGGUGUACGCGCGCCAGGCGCUGGGCGCGCAGCCCGGCGGCGGGGACCCGGCGCCGCAGCCGUCCGCGCUGCGGGCCGCCGCGCGGCAGGGCCUGCUGCUGGCGAUCCGGUCGCUCCUGCAGCGGCAGGCCCCCGAGGGGCGCACGCUGCUCGUGCAGGCCAUCAAGGGCGACGGCGGGGGGGCCGCGGCGGGCGCGGCGCACGCGACGCGGAGCAACCGCAACAUGGACCCGGGGCACGCGGUCGAGGCGGAGCCGGAGAACAGCAGCCCGAGCGGGUCCGGGAAGAGCUCGCGCGGGCGGCCGCGCGCGGAGGCGCAACAGCGCGCGCUGACCCACCUGCAGGGCGCGGUGUGUGCGCUGCUCGACGGGACGGGCGGGCCGCUGGCCGAGCUGGGGCGGAAGGCGGCGGAGGGGCGGCCGCCCGGGGCGGCCAAGUGCCGCGGCGUGACGAAGCACUCGCGCACGGGGCGGUUCGAGGGGCACCUGUGGUUCGAGGGGAAGCAGUGGUACCUGGGGGGGUUCUGGGGGGAGUGCCAGGCGGCCAUGGCGCACGACAUCGCGGCGCUCAAGUGCCGCGGCGCCAAGGCGCAGCUCAACUUCGAGCGCGCGCUGUACGACCCCGUCGCGGAGGACCUCCCCGCCAUCACCCUCGACCAGCUCAUCACCGCCCUGCGCGCCGCCUCCAAGGGCGUGCCCGCGGACGCGGGCGCGUCGCCCUCCGCGCUCAAGUCCCCCGCGCCGCUGCUGUCGCCGCAGCCGACGAGCGACCUGGCCGCGAGCGCGCAGCUCGGCGGCCUGGCCGGGCCGCCGCCCGGCGCGUACGGGUCGGGUGCGGACAGCGGCGACACGCAGGAGACGCAGGGGCGCAAGCGCCUGUCAAGACUGGGCAUCGAGGAGCAGGGGGGGGAGUCGGCGGCGGUGUGGUAUCAGCAGCAACCGGGGGCACAGGGCCCGGGCAGCCAGCGGAUGUCCGCGGUGCUGCCCGAGCGCCAGGACAGCAAGCGCAGGCGGUCGAUGCCGAUGGGCAUGGUAGUGCCGGCGGGGAUGGGCCCGCUGGCGCGCGCCCGCAGCUCAGCGAUUGACGAGUCGUGGUGCGCGGGCGCGACGGGCAGCCUGCCCAUCACCCCGGAGUGGGGGGCGUUCGCGGCGCCCGCGGACGCGGAGGAGCAGGCCGCGGGGCCGCACACGCCGCUCGCGAUGGCGCCGCACGGAAAGACGCUGAAGGCGCGGCGCUGGACCAUGGCGGGGGGGGCGAUGCAGGCGCAGGGCCGGCAGGGGGUGGUCGCCGCGGGGAUGGUGCCGAGCCUGAAGCCGACGCUGCAGGACGUGGUGAUGGGGGCUGCGAGGGUGGACUCGUCGCAGCAGGCCGCGUCCGGCGACCAGCGAGGUUCGCAGGAGCCAAGCGGCGGGCGGCAGGUGCUCUCGCCGCAGCAGUCGGACGCCGCGAACCGGGCGCCGCCGUCGGGAGCGUCCAGCGGCCCCGUGCUGCCGGGACACAUGCAGCGCAUCGCGAGCUCGGAGCGGCGGACCGCCAUGGCGGACGCGUCGGGCCACCGGCUGAUGGCGGACGUCGAGAGGACGCUGGAUCCGAUCGCGCAGGGGCUGGACGGCGCCGCGGGGCAGCUGGAUGCGGAGGAGGAUGUCCUGCGCUCGAUGGGGCUUGACUUUGGCCUGUAG